UACGGUAAUAAGCGCUCACAUAUUGUCAGCGUGUCUGCCGCUGUCCCUGACCGCGUCGCCACCCCACUUAUUUUGAGUGAUUCGACUGAACCAUCCAGUAACGCAGAAGUGGACGUAAAGCCCCUGGAUGUCAAUCAUCUAUUAUGCUAUCUGCGAGAUACCUUAUUGAAGGAAAGAGUAGAGCUGUUCAUGGAAAACGAGACAAUACGCCCCGGAAUUCUCGUUCUUAUAAAUGAUAGUGAUUGGGCGCUAGAGGGUGAGGGAGAUUAUCAACUGAAGGAGGGAGAUAAAAUUGUAUUCAUCUCGACGCUGCAUGGUGGUUAA